ACCUCCCUCCCCGGAGUCCAAACUCCGUCACUCCUCUCGUCGCCUCCUCGCCUGGUCCAGCCCGAUCAUGCCGCUCCCCCAGCUCCUUCUGCUCCUGCCCCUACUCCUGACCUCAGGAGCUGAGGAGGGGCUGCCUAGCGUUCAGAUCGACCUAAAGGAUCCCGUGGUCAAACUCGGAACCAGCCUGAACAUCAACUGCAGCUCCCUCUGCCCCUACGCAAACGAGAGCCUAGGGCUGGAGACAUCUUUGCAAAAGCAGAGGCUGAAUAAGCAGGAGCUACCCGGCAAUUACUGGAUGGUCUUCUACGUGACUCCUGAACGUUCAGGCUCGGUACACUGCUGGGCUAACUGCAAUGGGACCCAGACCUCGAGCACGAGGAAUAUCACCGUGUAUGCGCCUCCAGAGCACGUGGAGCUGAUGCCACCGCCAGCCUGGGUGCCCGUUGGCAAGAACUACACUUUGGACUGCCAGGUCCUGGGCGUAAUGCCUCUGGAGAACCUUACAGUGACACUGUUCCAGGGCACUCAGGAACUGGGGCACCAGGACUUCCUGGGAAAGCCACCUGACACCCAAAUCGCCACCGCCACGUUCACCUUCACGGCUCGCAGGGAGGACCAUGGGGCCAAUGUAUCCUGCCAGGCCGAACUGGACCUGCGGAGGCUUGGGCUGAACCCCUUCUAUCGUCACUCGGCCUCUGUGCAGCUUCGUACCUUCCAAUUCAAGAGCCUCCACUGGUUCAACUCCACCGUGCUCAACGACUCCUGGCUCCUGGAGGCUGGGACUGCAAAGUCCGUGAGCUGUGAGGCUGAAGUGUUCCCGGCUGGGGAGGCCCAGUUCCACUUGUCCCUGGGGGGCCAGAAGCUGAAUCUCACAGUCACCGGGAACGGAGACCGGCUCAAGGCUGAGGCCACGGUUUGGGCUGAGGAGGGACCCGAACGGGAGCUGGACCUGAACUGCACCGUGGCCGUGGGGGACGAGAGCCGAACGGUCCACAAAAACCUGAUCAUCUACAACUUCCCCCCUCCCGAGCUGAUCCUCAGCGAGCAAAACCCCGUGGAGAAGACCCCUGUGAAUGUGAGCUGUAGGGCCCAGCCUGGAGCCUCAGUGAAACUGGAGGGACAUCCAGAGAAGCUCCCUGGAGAGCCUGUCCAGCUGAUCGCCCGGGAGGAGGACGAUGGGCGCAUCUUGUCCUGUGAGGCCACCUUGUCCCUGGGAUCUGAGCAGCUCGUCAAGCACCAGAACGUCCAGCUCCAUGUCCUCUAUGGACCGCGGAUGAAUGCCUCGGACUGCCCGGGGAACUGGACGUGGCUGGAGGGGACGGAGCAGGUUCUACAUUGCCGGGCCCGGGGGAACCCGCCCCCGACUGUGCAGUGUGUCCACGCUGGGAUCAAGGACACGUUCCUCCCCGAGACCCCACUGCGGGUCACCCGAGCCCACACCGGCACCUACCGCUGCACAGCCAGCAGUCAACUGGGCACCGUGGCCAGGGACGUGAUCGUGAAGGUGGACUUCCACGAGCUGAACGUGACUCUCAUCACUGUCUUGGUUCUGAUGUUUGCGGCCGUGACAGCCGGACUGGGGGUUGCUGGCUACCUGUACUACCGACAGCAGCGCAUCCGCCGCUAUGAGCUAAAGAAGGCACAGGAGCAGGCAGCCUUGAGGAGUUCCACCCUUCAGGGACUCAGGCCCUGAGCCCCUGGACUCAGCCAAAGAGUAAUCCAGGGGCAGGACUAUGGGUGGGGAUGGGGUUGGUGUUGGGAAAGGGGAGUAGGUGGCCAGAUUCUUCACCAGUUCAGGCCCAUCUCCUAGAUGGGUGUAUACCCUCCCCUCCCUGUCCCCAUGGUCCUGAGAAGAUGGACCAGACUGGCAGGUGGUUGGGGAGGGGGCCGGCUGCUCCUUCAGCGGCUACCAAACAGAAGGUGGAGGUGAAAUGAUUGGAUGGGGUCGUUUUUCCACCUCCAAGGUCAGACCAGCAGGAGAAAACAGCAACUCUGGGACCAUGGGGGCUUUCAACAGCCCCAGAUCCAGGGGCUCCAGAACCAGAGCCUCACAUCACGCUAGACUGGAUGGUCCAAGGAGCUGGAAGCAGGGGACUGGGAACCAGCCAGGUCAGGUCAGGGGGAGUGAGAAAUGACCCAAAGGACUUAAUGGGUCUGGGGAGCUGCAGGUGCAGACAUGGACAUGGUCACUCAGGGACACAAUAGUACACCAGGGGCCAUCCUGAUACUCCACAAACACACACACACACACACGCACACGCACACACAUAAAUCAUGACACCCACCCUGGCAUAGACUGACACCACGCACGCAGUAACACAGUAAUGUAGACGAAACCAGCAGCUUACAGAUUUGGGAUAGAGGAGCUGCUCCCUAUUUCAGGUUGAGAACUGUAGGCCCCAACAUGGUAUCGUGUUGGACUGGACUAUAUUGGGCCUAAGGACUACGUAGGUACCCAUUCAUCCUGGUAAUGGGACAGAUCACUCACCUCGUAGGCCCCCUAUGCCUAUUUUCUCAAUUAAAAAACAUGAAUGUA